UAUGUAGUUUAUUGCAGUUUUAUUUGUGUAAUAAAUUAAAAUGUUUUUAUCGUAUCUUUAAACUAACGACCAACGGAAUCCGCAACAAUUCAAUAUUAAUAGGAUUAUAAGGAUUUUAAGUAGAUUUCGGAAAAUCAAGAUCUACCAAUCAAUUUAUGGUACGGUAAAUGGAUGAAAUAAGCAAAUUAUUAGAAGAUUUUAUGGAAAAUAUGCAAAGAGAAAAUGAAGUAGAGCGAAACCCACUAUAGAAAGAAAACAAAGCAGAAUUACGAUCCCGGGAAAUGCGGGGAAAACCCUGAAGGUUUGACAACCGCAAGGAAGGCCAAUAGGGACAUGAACGCGUUCCGAAGCACAGUUCCGAAGAUUCUAUAAAUCCAAGAGAAGGAACAAGAGCGUUUUCAGAUACUUCAAGAAAAUCGUGAUCAUAAGCGUCAAGAGAAAAUGAAUAUUUAAAAUGAACUAAAAUGCACCAACCUCUUAGAUCUUUUAUAAGAUCUAAGCCAAGCCUAUUUGUCAACAACGACGAUAUUGGGCUUCCUCGCACUCAUGCGCCACCCUGUAUAAUAUUUACCAACAGAAAGAUAAUUUGUAAUGUCAAAAAAUUGACAAACUUUCUUGUAAUAUUCGGUUUAUUCUUGUAUUUUUGAACUGAAUUUGAAUUUGACGUCAAAAAUUAAAUUUGUCAAAAAGAAUGAAAAACAAUUUAUAAAUAAUACUCUAUAUAGGUGUAAGUAAACUAUCUUGUUUUAGAAUGGACGAAGAAAUGAGGAUGUUGCAACUGGAUAAACCAGGACAAGGAAAAAGUUUAACGGAGAUUCAAAAGCACUCCAUCGAUGAAGCUUUGUUUGUUAAUAAAUCCACAGAAAGAGCAGUUUACAUAUUAAGUCGAGGUGAUGGUUUACAGAAGCUUAGUGUUAUCAGUUCUUUACCAGAAUUAUUGAAUAUUGACAAAAAUGGAGCUCUAUCAAAAAUUAUACCAAAAGUCCAACAAGAAUUACUUAAUGCUUCGACCGAAUUUAACUUGGCCGCUAGUAAAAUGUUCAUUAUAUUAAUAAACAUGGAGAUAUCAGCAAAUUUAAUUCCACAGAUACUACAAGGCAUAGAAAAUAAAGAUCCUAUAAUUGCAAACGCCUGGAUGGAGACUUUAUUAUCUGUAAUUCCAUCUUUAAAGGAAAAUGUAAUUAAGCAUGAGAUAUUGAAAUGCGCUGUCUCAAAGUCACAGUUAUCGAAAGCAGCCUAUUUUCGAGUUUCUAGUUGCCGAAUUUUGGGAAAGUUAUCUGUGCAUCCUGCAAUGAAUUCAUUUGAUGUCAAAAAAGAUAUAUUACCUCUUGUUCAAAGUCUAUGUCAAGAUUGUUUUCACGAAGUAAGAGCUGCAAUGUGCAACGAAAUUCCAAAUGUGGCAAAAGGACUUCAUAAUCUUGGCGAUGCAGUAGUUAAAAUUAAUCUGUUGCCUCUAUUAGUUGAACUCUCCUCAGAUGAAAAUAUUUAUGUUCGAUCCAUUGCGAUAGAUUCUGUUAUAAUGACAAUUCCGUACUUAGGUUCAGAUACUACAAAAGGAACGAUAAUCCCCUUAAUUAAGAAGCUAUGCAACAGAAGUGUCUCUGAGGGUGAUACAACUUAUACGGCGAUUGCAAAUAAUUUUCGUAAAUUGAUCGUUCAUACGCGUCCCUAUUUAACAACUAAUGACGCUCUGUGGUUCUUGGAUUACUUCAUACAUAUCUCCAAAAAAGGAUUAACUUUAGUUGUAGAAUUGGAUUCUGAUCCUUCUGUGAGUAUGCUAUGUAGAGAAAGUUGUGCUAGAAGUAUCCCUACAGUCACAUCAAUGGUUUUAGCGGAAAUUCCAAAUGAAAUUAAUAUAAAAUGGUAUCACACUUUUAAAGAUUUAGCUGGCGACCCUUGUUAUAUUGUAAGAAAAGCUGUUGCUGCUACUUUGGACGAAACUAUAAGGGUUUUAGGAUCAGAUAGUAAACUAAUCGUAUCUGAAUUUGCAAAAUUAUUGCGAGAUGAUGACGAAGAAGUAUUGCAGGAGAUGGUUCCAAAAAUAUCAACGAAUUUAGAAGUUUUUUCGACUACGGGAGUUUUGUCGCGAGACUUAGCAUUGCAAGCAACACUGGAUAUAGGCCGAGCUUUGCUGAAAUGUGCGACUCAAGUAUUUAAAACAUUCAACUGGAGAAUGAAAGAGUCGAUUUUGGUUCAGUUUGAAGUGUUGCCGAUGGUUAUGCCGUCAGAUUUUAUACAUCAGCAUUUUACACAAUUUAUAAUAAAUGCAUCUUUAAAUGGGAAAGCCAAACCUGUUAGAUCGCAGGCAACAAGAACACUUCUAAUAUUUUUGCGUUAUAAUGCAAAGGACAAUCACAGAAAAUGGAUAUUGGAAAGUAUCAGUAAUAGAUUAUGCAACGCAAAUUGUUGUUAUACCAGGCAAAUUUUUAUAAACCUUUGCAUCCAUGCUAUAAGCAUAUUUAGCAAGAAAUUUUUUAAAGAGCACUUUUAUCUACCUCUUUUAUCAUUGACAGAUGACCCUGUCUCUGUAGUACGACUUUCUGUAAUCAAACUGUGCCCGAUUUUAAAACAAAUGCUAAGUCUUCCCGACGAUAGAGCCCUUCAACUAAAGCUUGAGAAUAUUUUGUCCAAAAUGGAAAUGAUUGAAUCGGACAUAGAUGUAAUCAGAGCAUUACGUUGCAAGCUAAAAGAUAUGAGAAGCCUUCCAUUAAAUAAAACUGAUGCAUUAAUAGAAGAGAAACGCAGACUUGAUGAGGAGGAAAAAAUUUCAAAGGGAAAAAUUCCAACAAAACUGCCAACACCAUUGAAACCUACAAAGCCUGACCCAAUUUUGACAAAUAUAGAUAUGUCCAAGCCAACAGCAGCAAAAAGUCUCAAAAAAACGGUUCCUAGCACUAUUAGCGAUAUGCCUUUUCUUGGCCAACAUUUUUAUAUCGAUGCAGGUGUAUCGUUUUCCAAUUAUUUGAAUUCAAGUGCUGAGGAUGCUAAAGUGAAUCGCAAUCUAUAUCUUACAAAGGAUAGCACUUAUAGAACGAAAAGCUACACAGAUAAACGUUGUGUGAGCAUAAAUGUUAGCGAAAUGGACAAUAUCAAUGAUAAAAGUGAUUUCAUAACAUCGGUAGGCAAUGUGAAUGUAGAUACACUAACGGAUGUGGAUUUGAAAAAGCUGGAAAUAACAACAAACAUAACUGAUGACGUAAAAGCUAGUAUUCAAAAAAUUUCUAAAGAAAGUCAGUUGAAUAAGAGAUCAAAAAGAUAUUCUUAUACAUUUCUUAAUGAUACGAAGGAAGAUACAGAGAAGAAAAGGAGAGAAAAAUUAUUAAAAAGGAGAAGCUUAAAUAUAUCUAUUGCAGGCGAUAGUAAAAUACCUGUAAGCUCAAAGACAGGAAAUAAAUUGCUCUAUUCUGAAAAGUGCAAAUCGUCCAGUGACCAGAACUUAAGCUUAAGUUCAAUUAUAUCUCCAAAAAACAAUGUAUGCAAGGUUCCACGAAAUGAAAUGAAAUUGGCGAAUACAGAGGUCAGAAGAAAUUUUGUUAAAACACCGGUAUCAAAUCCGGGAGAUACAUUGUCUCAUGGUAAUCAAAAGAAGUUUUCUAUGUUCAAAGAGGAGUCGUCAAUUGACGCAGUGUAUGAUGUAGAAACCAUAAAGUUUCGACCAGGCGGAGAAAAAAAUGAUGGAAAAAGUACUUUCCAAGUUGUGAAGAGUAGCAAGAAUCGAGAAAGGCGAAAAUCGUCUUCCAAUUUACCAGUAUUAAUAACCAGGAGGCCUGUUAAAUAAGACCUGAAGAUCAAUAGUAUAUAUUUAUUAAUGGUUGUUUGUUGUGUUAUUUUUUUAUUAUUGUUAUACUAUUUUUUAUAUAUGCUCAUAUAUAUUUAUACAGUAAUGUUAACACGA